AUUAUCAGGGAAUGAAAAAGAUAUUAUACAAUAGUUUUGGGACGAUUGUGUAAUUUACUCAACUAGAAUCCACCUUAUUAGAAGUUCAAAGGAGAUAGCAGUAGCGCCGCUACUAUACCGUCGACGUGCCUGGUUUUCUUCCCGCUAAAAUGGUAACAAUGAAGACGUUCGAAGUCGGCGGAACCACCCUUUGUCUUUCCCUUUUCAGCGAUGUUACUAAUUCCAAAGAACUAUUGGACUUAAUGCAGUCUGCAGCACUGGAGCCAGAAGUAGCUUUUCUGAAUGCAUCACUCAUCCCAGAUAUAUUUCCUGUUUUGGCAGCUGCACACAAGACACUUGUAGCUAAAUCACGGGAUUCACUCACUACACGGACCCUCCAUUCUGAGCUUGUUUACAACUACUCGGGAUCUAAGCAUAUUUCGGAGUCUUUGAAAAGAUGUGGUAUUGCAGACAACACAAGCUACAUUCUGGCAGCACGCUUUGGUGCUUCGGCUGAUGAGAUGGUGGCCAUUGAAAAACUCAUAAAGGGGAAUGAUAUUGACUUGAAGGAAUUGGAACAAAGAAUAAACCAGGCCCAGAUUCAAAAGCAUUACAAGAUUUCUAAUCUGGAGCUGGAGAUAUCAUCACUUGCAGAUGCUAUAACCUGCAGAAUUGCUGCCAGAGACGCUUUAUGAGCAUUGCAAGCCUACGCCACUAUUUAUUGCAUCUUCUCUAUAUAUGUAAACUAUUAAUUAUGUCAGAGACUCGGAAAUAACUUUCCGAACCUUGUGCGACCAUUCCAUAGACACUACAAGCUUUUGUUUUCACCUUUGUUUGCUGGCUAAUCUGGCCUUUUCAACAGUAAAAUGUGACGGUCGACUGGUUUAUAACUUGACCAACUUGUAGCAUAA